AUGUCUCCCUCUGGCUACACCCUUUGCCUCCUGCUCCUGGUGGCAGCCGUCUGGCUGUGGCUGCCCUGCUGCGAAGGCAAGCGCUUCCGACGCUUCCUGAGAAAGCACCAGGACUACCCCAAGUCCAACUAUGGCGACGACAACAACUACUGCAACAACGUGAUGCCCCUCAAGGGCAUGAGGUGCCGGAGGAGAAACACCUUCAUCCAUGCCACGCAGCAGCAGCUGAGGUUCAUCUGCAGUCCCGAAGGGCAGAUCCAGAAUGGUAUCACCACCAGCAGGGCCAUCUUCUCCAUCACCACCUGCAAACGGAAGAGGAGGGGCUGGUUCAGGAGGCAGUGCAGGUACAAGGGGAAGAGCAAGACAAGGAAAAUCCAGGUCUUAUGCAGGAAAGGCCGGCCGGUCCGCUUCCUCUCCCACCUGUAG